AAAUUUUGUCAUUUCUCAUCCACCAACUCAUUUUCAUAUCAAUUUUUUAAGUAUUUAAUCACAGUGACGCCGUUGGAUUCUUUGUUUUCCACUUUUCUAAUUGCUUGUCGAACUUCUUUAUGUGAUCUAUUCCUAUUGUAAUAUCAAUAAUACAGACACUGAAGGAUCCCUGAGGUUUGCUUUUGUUUUGAAGGUCAUUAUUUGGUUUAUCCCAGAAAGGAGUGUUGUGUGCAUUCACAAUGGAGAAUUCUGAAGGAAGUUCGUAUAACCCACCAACUUUAGAAAACUUAGUCAACACUGUUGGCUUAUCUGCUGUGAAAGGUAUUGGGAUGUAUGGGAUUGUUGGUGCUGCUGUUGUUGCUAUACUUGUACCAGUUUUGCUGUCUAAGAUGUUACUUGGUAAGAAGAAGGUAAAACAAAGAGGAGUUCCAGUAGAAGUUGGGGGUGAGGCAGGUUAUGCAAUCCGCAAUAAUCGAGCAUCUGAGUUGGUCGAAGUUCCAUGGAAAGGGGCAACAACCAUGGCUGCACUCUUUGAACAGUCUUGUAAAAAGCAUUCACGAAACCGAUUUCUAGGAACAAGAAAGUUAAUUGAUAAAGAUUUCGUUACAGCUAGUGAUGGUAGAAAGUUUGAGAAGCUACACUUGGGCGAUUAUGAGUGGCAAACUUAUGGAGAGGUUUUUGAUCGUGCUUGCCACUUUGCAUCUGGGCUUGUUAAUUUAGGUCAUAAUGUGGAUACCCGAGCUGCCAUUUUUGCUGAAACUCAGGCAGAGUGGUUCAUUGCCUUUCAGGGCUGCUUUAGGCAAGGUAUUACUGUUGUUACUAUUUAUGCUUCUCUAGGCGAGGAUGCUCUCAUCCACUCACUGAAUGAGACGCAAGUGACAACCCUGAUCUGCGACUCCAAGCAAUUAAAGAAGUUGUCUGCUAUAAGCUCGAGCCUAAACACUAUCAAGAACGUCAUUUACUUUGAAGGCGAUGGAGCUGCCAAUGAUUCUGACUUCUCUGGAAGUAGUAGCAAAUGGACAAUUUCAUCAUUUUCUGAAGUUGAGAAACUUGGGAAAAGAAGUCCUGUUAUUCCAAACUUGCCUUCCAAGAAUGGAACAGCAGUUAUAAUGUAUACAAGUGGCAGUACAGGCCUACCAAAGGGAGUCAUGAUUACUCAUGGGAACAUUGUAGCCACUGCUGCAGCUGUUAAGACUGUGGUUCCAGGACUGGGACAGAAUGAUGCAUACCUUGCAUACUUGCCCCUAGCCCAUGUUUUUGAACUGGCAGCUGAGUCUGUGAUGUUGACUGUAGGUUGUGCAAUUGGCUAUGGUUCACCGUUGACUCUAACAGACACUUCUAGUAAAAUUAAGAAAGGAACCAAGGGAGAUGUUUCUGUCUUAAGACCAACUCUACUGACAGCAGUUCCAGCUAUUUUAGACCGUGUUAGAGAUGGAGUUGUGAAAAAGGUCGAGGAAAAGGGGGGAUUUGCAAAGAAUCUUUUCAACAUUGGGUAUAAGCGGCGACUGGCAGCUGUAGAAGGAAGCUGGUUUGGUGCUUGGGGACCUGAGAAAAUGCUGUGGGAUGCCAUUGUCUUCAAUAAAGUACGAGCUGUACUUGGGGGUCACCUCCGAUUUAUGCUCUGCGGUGGAGCUCCUUUAUCUAGGGAUUCCCAGCGGUUUAUCAAUAUUUGCAUAGGGGCUCCCAUUGGCCAAGGAUAUGGCUUAACUGAAACAUUUGCUGGGGCUGCAUUUACUGAGGCAGAUGACACUAGUGUGGGCCGGGUGGGGCCGCCUCUUCCUUGUUGCUACAUCAAGCUUGUUUCCUGGGAAGAAGGUGGGUAUCUGACUUCUGACAAACCAAUGCCCAGAGGAGAAAUUGUUGUAGGGGGGUUCAGUGUAACUUCUGGUUACUUUAACAAUCCAGAAAAAACUAACGAGGUGUACAAGGUUGAUGAUAGGGGCAUGCGCUGGUUUUAUACUGGUGACAUUGGACGAUUUCACCCUGAUGGAUGCCUUGAGAUUAUUGAUAGGAAGAAAGAUAUCGUCAAACUUCAACAUGGAGAAUAUAUUUCCUUAGGAAAGGUUGAGGCUGCUUUGAUGUCAAGUAAUUAUGUGGAUAAUAUCAUGUUAUAUGCGGAUCCUUUACACAGCUAUUGCGUUGCUCUUGUUGUUCCAUCACACAAGGAUCUGGAAAAGUGGGCCCAAGAAGCUGGCAUCAAGUACCAAAAUAUUUCAGAGCUGUGUGACAAAGCCGAAACUAUCAAAGAGGUUCAACAAUCCCUUUCCAAGGUAGGAAAAGCUGCAAAACUGGACAAAUUUGAGAUUCCUCAAAAAAUUAAGCUGCUGCCAAAUCCAUGGACACCUGAGUCUGGAUUAGUUACUGCUGCACUCAAGAUAAAGAGGGAACAACUGAAGGCUAAGUUUAAAGAUGACCUCCAAAAGUUGUAUGCUUGAAAAAUGUAGUAAUAUUUUUAUUUUCAUUGCAUUAUAUUAUGUCAGCUAUCCUGAAGUCUUUCAGAUUUUCUCAGAAAAAUAAGCUUUUCUAACAAUUUGUAAGGUUGCUUCUUUUUGCAAAUCAAAGUGUGUUGCUGUUUGAUACUGUUAAA